GCGGUCAAGUGUCUGGUAUUUGGAUAAUGGAGCGAGCAAUCACAUGACAGGGAACAAGGAGUUCUUUUCGAGUUUGAAUCUCAACACCAAAGGGAAGGUCAAGUUUGGUGAUGGAUCGUGUGUUGACAUUGUAGGAAAGGGUGUGGUUACCUUUGUGUGCAAGACUGGAGAGAAGAAGGCACUCAAGGACAUAUACUACAUACCCGAUCUGAAGCACAAUAUAUUGAGUCUUGGGCAAGCAACAGAGAACGGAUGUGAGGUUAACAUGAAAGAUGUCUACUUAACGCUCACAGAUUCGCAUGGAAGGUUGCUAGUUCGUGUGACGAGAUCUCCAAACCAUCUCUACAAGACCCCUAUGAAGAUAAGCUACCCGGAGUGUUUACAUGUCAGGGGCGUAGAUGCUACAUGGAGGUGGCAUGCUCGACUAGGACAUAUAAGCUAUGGAGUGAUGAACAACAUGGUAAGGAAGGAGAUAGUCGUAGGAAUGCCAUGUGUAACACAUGAAGAAGGCGUGUGUGACGCAUGUCCCGCAGAGAAGCAAACAAGACACUCAUUCCCGAGUGUAACACACGAAGAAAGCGUGUGUGACACAUGUCUCGCAGGGAAGCAAUCCAGAGACACAUUCCUUACUAAGGCCAUGGUUUGUACAUCAAAGCCAGUGAGAUUAUUGCUUGGAGAUUUGUGUGGACGUAUCGCACCACCAACGCCAGCGGAUAAUCGUGAAGCAUUCUAUCGGUUCAAAAGAUCUCACACCGAUAGAGGAGGAGAAUUUGCCUCAGCUAAGUUCAAUCUAGGUUGCACCGAUAAAGGAGGAGAGGUUGCCUCAGAUGUGUUCAAUCUAGGAUGCACCGAUAGAGGAGGAGAGAUUGCCUCAGAUGAGUUCAACCUAUCUUGUGAAGAAGAUUGGGUUGAAGCUAUGGAAGACGAGUUGGAGUCUAUCACAAGAAACAAGAUAUGGGAGCUUGUAGAUAGACCAACUGGUUCUGAGAAGAAAGGAGAAGAGGAUCGAGUUUGUGUGUUACACAAGACGUUGCAUGUGUUACGCCAAGCACCCAGAGCAUGGAGUGUGAAACUUGAUCAGGUUCUCAAGGAGAUGAGAUUUGAGAAGUGCACGAAGGAACCAUCAGUGUACUGCAAGACUGAAGGAGGAGACGUCUUGAUCAUUGCCAUCUACGUUGAUGAUCUAUUUGUGACAGGAACUUCACUUAAGGUGAUUAGGCAAUUCAAGGAGGAGAUGUCUAAGAAGUUCGAGAUGUCAGAUCUAGGUAAGCUAACGUACUACCUUGGCAUAGAGGUGAUUCAAGGAGCAGACGGAAUCAGAAUAAAACAAGAGAGGUAUGCUCAAGGAAUCCUACGUGACACAAAGAUGGAAGCGUGUAACGCAACUCAAAUUCCAAUGGAGGCGAAUUUGAAGAUCUCAAAAGCUGAAGAUGAGCAAGAGAUAGCUGCUACCGAGUUCAGAAGAAUCAUAGGAUGUUUAAGGUAUCUGCUUCACACAAGACCCGACCUGUGUUACGCAGUAGGUGUUCUUAGCAGAUACAUGCACAAUCCGAGAGACUCUCACGGACAAGCCAUCAAACACAUAUUGCGAUAUGUGAAAGGAACAACAAACUACAGUCUGUUCUUCAAGAGAGAUGGGUCAAGGAGUGUCGUUGGUUUUAGUGACAGCAGUCACAACAUUGAUCUCGAUGACGGGAGGAGCACGUCAGGACAUGCAUUCUAACGGUUCAUCACUGAUUACUUGGACGUCGCAGAAGCAGCAGACGGUUGCAUUGUCAUCAUGCGAAGCAGAAUACAUGGCAGCAACAGAAGCAGCAAAGCAAGCUAUAUGGAUCAAGGAAUUGUUGAGUGAGAUACUAAGCAAAGAAGGCGAGAGAGUCAAGCUUAGGAUCGACAACAAAUCAGCCAUUGCUUUAACCAAGAAUCCAGUUUUCCAUGGAAGGAGUAAGCAUGUACUCAAGAAGUAUCCCUUCAUUCGUGAGUGUGUGGAGAACGGGCAUAUCGAAGUGGAGCAUGUGCCGGGUGUUGAGCAGAAGGCUGACAUCCUUACCAAGCCAUUAGCAAGGAUUAUGUUCAAGCAAAUGAGGAGCUUAAUCGGAGUUCAAGAAAUUGAUCUCCCUAAUUCAAGUUGGAAUUAAGGGGGUGAAUGUUGGAUAAUUUCAAACUUGUGGAAACUUAACAUAUUAUUAGAUGUUUAAUAUGUUAAGAUAAACACAAUAAGGAAACUUAGAAAUAGGAAAAUGAAGUUUCUAUUUAGGUUAGGUUUGUGUUUUCCAUAUCCCACAUGUUAAAGGGAAUUGUCUUUCAUAUAAAUAUAAGUCUAAUGGAGAGGUGUUCCAUAUGAUCUAAGUGAAACAUAUUGAGAGCUUUAGUUUUGAGUAGUUUCUAAAGCUAAUAAGAAAAGUUGUUUUUAUAACUCCUUGUGUUUUUAAGAGAUUUGAGAGAGCAGAGCUCCGGGGCCGAAGGGAGCGGAGGGGAGCGGGACCAAAAAAGGCUUACAUCUUGCUUCCAAGUUCUCGUUGUAGUGGUAGCUCCUAGAGUUUAAAAGCGACGGUGUGAGUGGUAGCUCCGCCGGUCGAAACCCUUAUCUUUUCUGAUUGCACGUUAUCGUGCAUGUGAGGGGAGUUUCAUUACAAGACUAAUAUACAGUUCUUUAUAAAUAUCAUCAUGAUUUUAAUUAUUUUUCAUGGAUCAUGUGAUAUAUUUGUAAAAUAUUGGAAUGAUAAAAAUUUCAAAAACAAAGAUGAAAAUCCAAAUGACAUUUUUGCUCUUGCAGAAAUACAAAGAAAGAUAUGGAUACAUGGGCGGAUCAAGAAAUUUAGUUAGACUGUGGCACAUAAAUAUUUAAUUAUAAUUGAUAAAAUAAUUAUUAUAAUAUAUUUAUUGUAUAUGAAAUAUAAUAUUAAAAUAAUAAUAAACUGAAAUACUUUAUGACAUUAAAACAAUAAAACUCUAUAAAAAUUUAAAAAUUUCUAAGUUGAUUUUGAUCCGAACAACUUUAAGUAAAUUCUCUAAAUUAGUUUUUUGAUGCUGAUACGUUAUAUUUCCAUUGUUACUUUAAAAAGAUUAUAUUUGUAAGCCAUAAACAAUGAAAAAAUAUAUUAAAGACAGUGUGAACUUACUUAUGAUGAAGAAAUAAUUUUUAAAAAGAUUCUUUUGUUUUGAUUAUCGUGAAAAAAGUAAAAUAAAUAAAUCUUUUUUACAGAAUUUUUUUAAGAAAAGUGUCACCUAUAAUUCAUUGAGGAAGAUUAGAUUUUCUAAAUAUUAGACAUAAUUAUUUGAUCUGUAUAAUUAAAUUUUUUAUCAAAAAGUGGUUUUCAUUUUUGUUGGGCCGUGACACACCGCUUUUAUUUUUAAUUGGACUGUAAUACAUUUAUAUUUGAUUGUAACUAGGGUGGGACACAUCUUUUUUUUCACAGGUUUAAACUAAAGAAAAACAAAUUUUUAUUUAGAUAAUAAAGAAAAUUAUAAAAUGAGUAUGUGGCACGUGCCAUAGGGGACUUUAACUCAAUAUGCCCCAAGGGUUCUUAUAAAUUUCCCAUAUAUCCAUGUUAUUAAAAAUAACUAGAUUCUAACCCGCACUGAAGCGCGGAAAUUGAUUCAUCUAAUUUUAAUUUUUUAUAUAUAAUAUGUGUAUAUAAUUUUUAUAAAUUUUCUUGUGUAAUAUUUAUAUAUAUAUAUAUAUAUAUAUAUAUAUAUAUAUAUAUUUGACAUCUAUAUCUAAUUUUUAGUGGUGUUAUAAGUUGUGUUGUACAUGUUGUUAGUUUGUAUUGAAUCUUGUUUCAUUUUCAGUAUAUUAGUUUGAUUUGGAUCACUUUAAACUUACAUUCGUUAAAUUUAAAAUAUUCGAUUUUUUUUUUUAAAAACAUUAUAUAAUUUUAACAACUUUAUUAGUUAUGCUUAUAACUAAUCAUAAUUAGUUUGUUAAAAAUAUUAAACACAUUUGGCCCAUAAAAUUUUAAUGGAUGUUUUUAAGAUCAAAAGUUUGGGCUAUUUAAUAGUUUAUGGAUCAGGCCUUGUGACAAAUUUAAUUUAACAAAGGAUAUUAUCUAAACCCAAAUGAGUAACAAACUUUUGUCCAAAAAAAAUAAAAUAAUAAUAAUCUGUAAAGUCAACAACUUUUGAUGAUCAAUUAAUAUUUUGUUUCUGUCGGUGUGAAUAAUAGAUGCACCAUUCAAGUUCAUCGUUUCUCUCUCUCUUCUUUGUUGGAACCGAAACGACCAGUUUACCGAAACAAUAAAAAAAAAUUGAUUGAUCUUCUACAAAGAUUUUGUUUCUCAAGACAUGCAUGAUCUUUGCUAUUUGAUCGGAGGAAAAAUCAGACAGUAAUUUGAGAGAUCAAGGAAACAGAUACUAUCCAGGUUGAAAGUAGCGGACGCAAAAUCAGUGGCCAAUUUGAAACGAAAUACGUGGUUCGUCAAGUCAAUCGAGAAACAGAAAAGAUAAGUUUCAUAAUUUUCUUUGAGUGUUUGUUUAUUCAUAAUAUCUAUUCUAAUCGAGCUUGUUACAAACAUUGGCAGGUUGAAAUAUAUUGGAUACAAAAAGCUAAGCUCAGCUGCUUUGAGAUAACACACACACUGCACGUAUCUGAAGGCUUUGUUCUAGACUCUAUUGGCAAAUCUUAAUGUGGAUAGAAUAUUCUGGAUAUCGAUUGUAUGUAGAUAAUCAUUAGAUAUUAAACGAAUUGAAAUUACAAAAUAUCUAAUCUAUAUACUUUUAUAUAAAGGAACAUAUAUUUUAUACGGGUAUGAAUUGUAUCUUCGGCUA